AUGCCUUCCGCUCUUCGUCUCUCUGUGGCAUCCGCCCUCUGCGCCACUCUGGCCCUCGCUAAGCCUACCGUCCGCGACGUUUGGCAACCCGCCGUUGGAUCCAAGUUCGACAUCACUCUCAACGGCAAGGUCGACAUUUCGACCGUCAAGACCGAUAUCUUCGACCUCGACCUUUUCGAGAACACCGGAAACACCAUCGAUUUGAACAAGGUCGACACUUCCAAGAUUGAUGCCCUCCACGACGCUGGCGUUAAGGUCAUCUGCUACUUCAGCGGUGGCUCAUACGAGGAUUGGCGCCCAGAUGUCAAGUCCUUCAAGUCCAGUGACUUGGGCAGCGGGCUUGACGGCUGGGAGGGAGAGAACUGGCUCAACCUCAAGAGCGACAACGUCGCCUCUAUCAUGAAGCAGCGUAUUGCCGUCGCUGCUAGGGCUGGAUGCGAUGCCAUUGACCCCGAUAACAUGGAUGGCUACGACAACUCCAACGGCCUCGGCCUGACCGAGCAGGACACCGUCAACUUCUUCAAGAACGUCCUGUACCCAGCCGCCCAGGAGGCCGGCCUUGCUCUUGGUCUCAAGAACGGUGGCAGCGUCGUCGAGGAUGUCCUCCCCUACGUUCAGUUCCAGGUCAACGAGCAGUGCUCCGAGUACGGCGAGUGCGGCGACUUCUCCCCCUUCAUCAAGGCCGGAAAGCCCGUCUUCCACAUCGAGUACCCCAACGGCGAGUCGGAGACACCAAAGAUUCUUUCCGGAUCUGCCCUGAACACCUACUGCACCAAGGACUCAUCGGGAUCCGACAUUACCAAGUUCAGCACCGUUCUCAAGCUGAUGAAGUUGAACACCUUCACCCAGUUCUGCGACGGCUCCGUCAUUAACCAGUAA